AUGAGUGAUGAGGAAGAGCAUGUGGAGGACGUUGUGGAACUAGAGCCAGGCACGGUGGUAAGGGAUGUGUGGGUAGUGGUACGGAAGCUGGGAAAAGGAGCAUAUGGACAAGUUUAUCACGUAAUCAAUGCCAGAAAUGGAGUUCAGGGUGCUCUUAAGACAGAAAGUAAAUCUCAAGCGGAUCGAGUACUGAAAAUGGAACGGAACGUAUUACAAGGAUUCAAAGGCGUAAAAGGAGCUAUGAAACUGAUAUCAAUGGGCACCACUGAGACUUACUCGUACAUAGUAAUGACUUUAUGUGGAGCAGAUCUAACACACCUUUGCAAAGCUGUGGGGCCGCUGAGCGACAGCACAAUCCUUCUACGUCCCUACAAUAAACUAAUUCAGCUGCACGAAAUCGGCUACGUACAUCGUGAUGUGAAGCCGUGCAAUUUUGCUAUAUCGUGCGCAUCACCCAAAAUCAUUCACGUAUUCGACUUUGGUAAGAAGAAAGUCGUAGUAUUACUCGAGUAA